GAGUUCUCGAGGUUUUGCAGUCCUUGGAGAAGGGAAUUUCUCAGGAUGAGCCUGAAUUUGGGUUCUUCUUCCACGAAUUCUUCUAAGAAGUCUAGACACCGAAAUGUUGUCAGACAGUAAGCUUUAAGUGAGGAUGAAAGAUUCUGGCUGUUACAGGUACAAAGAUUAACUUCAAAGAUGCAGAGAUUUGACAUAUGCAGUCAAGCUUCUUCUUCAGAGGAAAAGAGCUCAUUGUAGAACUGUCAUUGAGCAAGAGGCAGAUGCACUUGGGUUUUUGUUGAUCAUAGAGUUCAAUGAGGUUGUCACAAGUUGAAUGCACUGGUGAAGUGCCAGAGUCUUGAGUGGAAGCUGAGGCGGAGGUAAGCAAAAUGAGAGACAGCAGAAGUGCAGAACCAUAGAAAGAGAAACCAUGGUCUCUCUCUCUCUCAAGCAUUACUGACUCCAGUAAGCCUCUUGUUUCAAUUCCAUUUGUAGUAUUCUUCUUUCAAUGCAAACAUAUCACAUAAUAUCACAUAACUGGAAGUUAAAGAUCUUCUCAAAGAUGUGAGGCAUGGAUGGCUGGUCACCCACUUCAGAGCCUUUCCUUCUCUCCAGGAAGGAGGUAGAGUUCAUUAACAUAAUUGAAUUGUACGCCCAGGGAAUGGAGAAAAGGUCUUUCGGUUUUCUUAUUGAACAGAUAAAUAUUGGAAGAGAGGACUAAGUAAUCAAUUCGAUUCUGUUUCUUUUGUUCUUUUAUAUUGAACUCCUCUGUUGGGCACCAGUGUGCUAGUUGCUCCAUUUCCUCUCCUGAAAGUUCAAUUAGCCACUUCAUUAUUAAAAACACGUUAAAGAAAGAAUCAUUCUGUUCAUUGGAACACCAGAAACAUUCCAACGUGUGACCAAAUGUGACCUUAAUUAAUGAAAACUACUGAUAAAAACGUCAAUAUUAUGAAGCUAGUUAAAGAGGACAGGAUUCCUUGAUGCUGAAAUCUAAUCAUUUGAUGGGACUUGACCCUUUUAACAACAGCGACUGAGCUACAACAAUGUGCAAUGGAUUUUUCAAUUUAUGAUGCUUUUGUGCAAAUUGGCCUUGUGCAAUGGACUUGACCCCAUAGAACAAUGUGCUUCUUUCUCCACCACCGGGAGAAGGCCGGGGAACUCUCUCUGUUUGCUGCUGUGUCUGGGUGUCCAUGACGGUUUAGAUCAGUCUCAGUUGAUCCCUGCAACCUGCACGCUCCUGGUAAAGUCGUAUGCUGCCUUGCUUCAAAAAGGGAAUUCUUAAACUACCAUUGACAGCAGUAGAAAAACAAGCAACAUAAUUGACUGAAUCUGAAUAUGGAGCCUGACUUUUAUCAGCCUCAAAGCGAACAGACUGGAACAUUAAGAACAGGAGGAACCCUGACGUUUGCAGAGUAGGAUCUCUCCAUUCCUCUGUGUUUGAUUCUGGGUCCCCCAUUGAAGCUGCUUGGACUGCUUGAGCUUUGAAAAAAGAUUUUGCCUGAAGAAUUCAUCCAUGGACUGUCGACAGAGACCCAUCUGGGUGGGAUUGUAGUAGAAUCCGAUGUUCGGCGGAUUGGUCUCUGUCCAACCCUUAUCGGUGGAUGGUUGGACGGUGAAUGACCAAGGUUAUCACAAGCAAACCUUAUCGGUAGUGUUACCAGAUUUUCACAGGCAUUUGUAUGUUGUGUAAAUGCUCUACCUGACGUUGGUGAUUUUUUUUGGGAGAAGUCUCCAACACCUAUACUAGAUAUGGUUGAAACGCCAAUUCACUUGAAGCAUUUGUCUCACAAGGAGCUGAAACAAUUAGCUGAUGAGAUUCGUUCAGAGUUAUCUUUUAUAAUGUCAAAAACACGGAGAUCCUUCAAAGCCAGUUUAGCUGCAGUGGAUCUGACAGUUGCUGUACACCAUGUUUUUCAUGCCCCUAUGGAUAAGAUACUGUGGGAUGUAGGCGAACAGGCAUAUGCACACAAAAUUCUCACUGGAAGGCGGUCCCUUAUGCAUACACUGAGACAGAAGAAUGGCCUUUCAGGGUUUACUUCUCGCUCUGAGAGUGAAUACGACCCUUUUGGUGCUGGACAUGGAUGCAACAGUGUUUCUGCUGGGCUAGGAAUGGCUGUUGCACGAGAUAUUAAAGGAAAGCGAGACAGAGUGGUGACAAUUAUAAGCAAUGAGACAAUUAUGGCUGGUCAGAUCUAUGAGGCUAUGAGCAAUGCAGGGUAUUUGGACUCCAAUAUGGUAGUGAUACUAAAUGAUAGCCGGAACUCUUUACACCCAAAACUAGAGGAAGGCCCAAAAACAGCAAUAAAUGCUCUUUCUAGUACACUAAGCAAGCUACAGUCCAGCAAAUCCUUUAGGAAAUUUAGAGAAGCUGCCAAGGGGGUUACCAAGAAAAUUGGUAGGGGCAUGCAUGAGUUGGCAGCUAAAGUUGAUGAGUAUGCACGUGGUAUGAUGGGUCCCCUGGGAUCAACUCUCUUUGAAGAGCUUGGAUUAUAUUACAUAGGCCCAGUUGAUGGCCACAACAUUGAAGAUCUAAUCUGUGUUCUCAAUGAGGUGGCCUCUUUGGAUUCUUCAGGACCUGUACUGGUUCAUGUUGUCACAGAGGAAAAUCAGAGGAUGGAAGAUAACCAUAAGAGUGAGAUGGAGGUCAAACAACAAGGUUAUUGUAAUUCGGAUCCUUUGCAGUUCUACCCAAAACCAGUGGGUAGUAGUCUGUCCUGGACAUAUAGUGACUUCUUUGUGGAGUCUUUGGUCAUGGAGAUGGAAAGGGACAAGGAAAUUGUGGUCGUUCAUGCAGGAAUGGAAAUUGAGCCAUCUUUUGAGCUAUUUCAUGAAAGAUUUCCAGAGAAGUUCUUUGACGUGGGUAUGGCUGAACAACAUGCAGUCACCUUUUCUGCUGGAUUGUCAUGUGGUGGAUUGAAGCCGUUCUGUAUAAUACCUUCCACUUUCCUACAGAGAGCUUAUGAUCAGGUUGUCCAUGAUGUGGAUCGCCAGAGUAUCCCAGUGAGGUUUGUAAUAACUAGUGCAGGACUUGUGGGUUCUGAUGGUCCAAUUAAGUGUGGGGCAUUCGAUAUUACAUUCAUGUCAUGCUUGCCAAACAUGAUCGUUAUGGCGCCAUCAGAUGAGGAUGAACUUGUUCACAUGGUGGCUACUGCUGCUCACAUUGAUGAAAGGCCUAUUUGCUUCAGGUAUCCAAGAGGUGCCAUAGCUGGGAUAAACAGCCCUGUGCGCACUGGGAUACCCCUUGAGAUUGGAAAAGGGAGAGUUCUUGCAGAGGGUAAAGAUGUUGCUUUGCUUGGAUAUGGUGUGAUGGUCCAAAAUUGCCUUAAGGCUCGAUCUCUUCUUUCCAACCUUGGCAUUGAGGUUACUGUUGCUGAUGCAAGGUUCUGCAAGCCCCUUGACAUCAAGCUUGUCAGACAACUUUGUCAUGACCAUUCCUUUUUGAUCACUGUUGAGGAAGGCUCUAUUGGAGGAUUUGGCUCCCAUGUUGCACAGUUCAUCUCACUUGAUGGGCAACUUGAUGGGAGGAUUAAGUGGCGACCGAUUGUUUUACCUGACAACUACGUAGAACAUGCAUCCCCCAAAGAACAACUUGCACUUGCAGGCCUGAGUGGACAUCACAUUGCUGCCACAGCACUGAACCUGCUUGGCCGCACCCGGGAUGCUCUCCUAUUGAUGCGCUAGAGAGUUGGCUUCCUACCAACUAUUGUUUGAAUUUCAAAAGAUGUAAUAUUCUUGCUUGGUUAAUUUCACCAUUAAUCAUUUUUUGGCUACCUAAUUCUCGUACCAACACCUUAUUCCCAACCGGUGGUGGCUCCUGAAAGCUGCUACUGUAUGCUGAUCUUCCUAUCUAGGUUCCUUCGUCCUGUAUGUAUUUUGUUGAUUUGUAAUUUUGUAUAGAUAUUGCCCGAGUAUCUGGAUAGAGUUAUGAUACUUGCUUCUUACA